AUGGGGUCGAAAACCGGAAAUAUCACCGUUUAUGGAUUGCCUCCCAGCACCGAUUACCAAUUGAUCUUGGAAACAGUUCGGCCUAGACGUACUCCUUUGCAUAGCACAAUUUACUCUACAACAGGACUGGAUGCCUUAUCGCCUACGCUCAUUAAGCCCGCUAUUCAACCCGGCACUUCCCACGUCACUACAUCACUAAUUGCCAUUGCGGUGAUAGAUUGCUGUGGCCAUUGUGCCACCAACGCUAAACAGACAUUCAUGAAUGGCACUUUUGAAGUAAUCCAACUUCACCGUGGACGAGUGAAGCUAAUGUUUCUACCUGUUCGACUUCUCCCACAGUCGAUUAGGCUGGAGAUACAAGAAGUUGCAGGUCAUGGAAGCAGUCCUCAACCUGUCAGUUUCAAUAAAAGGCCAAAGUAUCCCAUUGAUAAGGUGUGCAUAAUCAGAACUGAAGAGCCUUCAACGAGUCAGUGCAAAGCUCAACAGCGGAGUGAUGAGAGACGCAAUGAGGUCAUCCGCAGGAACGAGGAAUUUGCCAUGCACAACAGCAUCCACAAUCAAGCUCAAGAAGUUGCAAGAAGUUCCAUGCCUUCUCCAUCCAUGUCCACGCCAAACCACUCUCCUCCCUCAUAA